AUGUCGUUAAUGGGUGCCACCGCGCUGGCGGUGCUGGAACGCUUGCUGAUGGAACGGCUCCGCCUGGACUUCGCCGCGGUGCUGCUGCUGAUCUCGAAGUUGAAGCCCCCACAAGAGUUUUUCGACGUGCGGCGGGUGCUGAAGCCGGCGAACUUCGGCGAGGUGCAAUCGCGGGUGCUGUACAACGUCGGCUACUUCUCCGCCAACUACUUGGUGUGGGUGGCGCUUCUCUCGGUGUACGCGUUGGUGACCAACUUGAUGUUGUUGUUUGUGCUGGUGUUCGUCGCCGGCGGCGUGUUUUUGAUCAGCCGGUUGCAAGGGCAGGACUUGGUGACUCCCUUUGGCUCCUUCCAGACGUCGCAGUUGUAUUUAGGGCUUAUGAUCGUGGCCGUCCCCCUCGGGUUCCUCGCGUCGCCGAUUCUGACGAUGAUGUGGUUGAUCGGUACCACCAUCGUCACCGUGGGCGCCCACGCCGCGUUCAUGGAAAAACCCAUUGAAACCGUGUUUGAAGAGGAAGUAUAA